AUGGCCGUUGCAUCCCCAAUUCUACCAUUCGACGACGUGGAACGUUUCGGAGUUUCCGACGAAGCUGAUUCUUUAGCCAGUUUGCAGGCUCUUGUUUCUGACAGCAUGGCUCACAGCUCGAGUGAGGAUAGAUACCUGGUGGUUAGCCCAUAUGAUGAAAAACCUCAUCUACUGGAUCUCGAUACUUUAGAUACCCCAAACCAAUUGCUUGCUAGAGCUCUAGUUGGAAUGAAAUGUCUAAGGGAAGAUUAUGCGACUGCACCAUACUUCGAGACUUUCAAUUGGCAAGAGAUUAUAGAUACCCUUCGAGAGUUGGCCAAAACCUCCAAUCAUAAGUGGAAAGAGGAAUCUUUCUAUAUUGUUGUCUUCAGAUCUCAGGUACCGCCCGAAACUGUCGCCCACUACUCUGACCUUGGUGUCCUCGACAAAGCUGCACACGCCGAGGCAACUGAAAGUGGAGGGUUUCUUAAAUACUGGUUUGGUGUACCUGACAAGAACGGACGAAACCUCGCAACUUGUGUUUGGCGUAGUUCUCGAGAUGCCAAAAUUGGUAGCGUGGGUCCACACCAUCGCGCCGCAGCGAAUGCUGCCAGACACAUGUAUACGGAGUGGAAAAUCGAGCGAUUAAGACUCCUCGUGAAGGAUGAUAUCAAAGAAUGGGAGAUUGAACAAUGGGUCGAUUGA